AUGUAUGCAACUCUUGUGCUGGAUCAAAUAUGGAAAAUCAGGAACAAGGCAAUCUUUGAGAAUGCCACCUUUUCCUUGGAAGCCACAAUGGAGAGGCUGAAAACCAGGUUUGAAGAGACAAGGAACUUGGCGAACAAGAAAUCUGUGGAAGUCUCUGCCUUCAGUCCCAGCAGGUCCGAAUGGAGGAACCCUCCCUCACAAUGCAUCAGGAUAAACACAGACGCAGCAGUCAAGGGAGGUGCAACAACGUUUUUCCGUGAAGUGGCUUCCGCUGCUGAAUCUGGAUGGGAUUUCAGUACAAGAUGGAUGAGGAACCGGGCACGUUUUACAACAAUGGCCACAACAUCAAUCUUACCUGUUGAUUUAAAUGCAUUCAUCCUGGGGAUGGAACUUGAUAUAGCAUCCUUGGCAGAAGCAGUAGCAGAUUACAACACCUCUACGAAAUACUUUGAAGCUUCAAGAGUGAGAGAAGAAGCAAUGAGAUCUGUUUUCUGGAAUGCAGAAAUGGGACAAUGGCUUCAUUACUGGCUCAUGAAUAGCGCGUGCAAGGAAGUGGAAAAAUGGCAAGCUCAGAACCAGAAUCAGGAAGCAUUUGCUUCGAACUUCGUUCCUUUGUGGAUUAAAUCAUUUUAUUCAGAUUCUUUUCUGGUGGACAAGGUCAUGAAAAGUCUUAAAAAUUCAGGCUUGCUUUGCGCUGCUGGUGUUGCGACAUCUCUGACAAAUUCAGGGGAACAAUGGGAUUUUCCAAAUGGCUGGGCUCCACUCCAACACAUGCUAGUUGAAGGUUUGGCAAGAACUGGAUCAACAGAAGCAAAGUUAUUAGCAAAGGAUAUUGCGAUAAGAUGGAUCAGAACCAAUUAUGUUGCUUACAAGAAAACCAGAACCAUGCAUGAAAAAUAUAAUGUGGAAAAGAUUGGAGACUUUGGAGGUGGUGGUGAAUAUGAACCACAGACUGGUUUUGGAUGGUCAAAUGGAGUUGUACUGACAUUCUUGGAGGAUUUCGGUUGGCCCAAAGACCUAACGAUAGACUGCUGCGAUGCUUAGCAACCAAACAUGUGCAUUUUAAACACUAUCAUAUCACUUAAUUUACCUAGCAGUUUCAAAAUCAUAUGGCCUUCUGAUUUGAUUCCUUGUAAAAAAAAAUAGCUUAAAAUUCUCUCUUUCUCUUGAGGGGUUCUAGGUC